CAACUAGAACUGAACUAAACGCAAAGGUAGAAAUCAAAACAUUUUCUGUCUUCUUCCCCUCAGUUUUCUCAAAUUGUGACCUAAAAAAUCGUGAAUUGGUUUAGAUAUUAAACAAUUCAUCAUGGGUCAAAUGCUGGGAAGCUUUAAUGCCCGUGAUGUGGGUCUUUCCAUGGACGAUGAGCCCACAUUUGAUCCAAACGCUGGAUUUGGCUAUGAGCGUACGCCCAGAGUUAUGGUUGCCAAGGAAGAAGAUCUAAUAUCUUGCCGCAUCCCUCCUGAAGACCGUGAUUAUUGUGCUCACAUUUUGAUGGAAUACCAACAAUGCCGCUAUAAGAAUAUGCCAAUGAUUUACAAAUGUGCCCAUGAGAAGCAUGCCCUCCUAUCCUGUGAACAUCAAGAUUAUGUCCUUCGUAUGAAAGAAUUUGAACGUGAACGUCGCCUGAGAGUUCGUGAGCAACGCUUGACUGCAGCGGCUUAAUAUGAUGUUUAUGUAGUAAUUUCUGUUUCAAAUAAUUAUUUAAAUGUAUAUAAAUAUUUAGAAAA